AUGUCGAGCUACGAACCGUACGAGCGGGAUUAUUCCCGCCGCUACGUGCGCGAGGAGCGUCGAGACGAGCGAGACCCGCGCUUCCUCGAGAGCCGCGACUACGCCGCCAGGACCGCCCAUCGCGAGCUCGUGCCCCGGGCCGCCCGCCGGGAGGAUAGUGAACUUUCCGUCGAGGAGAUCCGGCGCGACUUCCCUCCCCCCAGCGGUGGUCGCGACACCUACCGCGCCCGGUCGGCCGAGCCUAGCUACGGCGACGGCGGGGACGGCUACUACUACGAGGACGACUACUACCGGGACGACGGGACGGGUCGCAGGCGCCACCACCACCACCGCCACCAACGCCAUGGCGGCGGCAGCUCGCGCUACGACUACGACGACGGCCGCUCCUACAAAUCGUCCUCGUCCGCCGUGACGGGCGAUGGCAGGAGGAAGAAGGGCACCAUCUCCAAGGAGGAGAAGAUCAUCGCCGCCAUCGCCGGCGCGGCCCUCCUGGCUGGCGGCAAGGAGAUGUACGAUCGCCGCGAGGCCAAGCAGGACGGCCACGGCCACGGGCAGGUCGACCGCAACGUCCUGGCCUCGGCCGCCCUCGCCGGCGUCGGCGCCCUGGCCGCCUACCAGGGUAUCGAGUUCUACAACAAGUCGCAGGCCAGGAAGGACAAGAAGGCCACCUACAUCCUGCACCGCGGCCGCGACGGGAACAUCAGCGAGUACUACUCGGACGACGACGGCGACGACGACGACGACGACGACGUCUCGAGGAAGCACCGCAAGGGCGCCAAGAACUUCCUCGAGAGCGCCAUCGCCGCCACCGGCCUUGGAGCCGCCGUCAAGUCCCUGACGGGCGGCGGCCACGACGACGACAAGAGCAGCCGCCACCGCUCCGGCUCCGACGUCAGCACCCGCUCCCAUCGCUCCCGUGGCGGCGGCGGCGGCGGCGGCGGCGAGAACAAGAUACAGAAGUCCGCCAUGGCCGCCCUGCUCGCCGGCGCCACCGAGGCUUUCCGCGUCGCCAAGGAGCCCGGAGGUUGGAAGGGCGAGAAGGCAAAGCGCAUACUGACGGUGGCGGCCGGUGCCGCCACCGUCGACGCCGCCCACGGCGACAAGCACGGGAAGCUCGGCCUGGCCGAGUCCGUCAUCGGCGGUCUCGUCGGCAACAGGCUGAUCAACGGCUCCAAGAACGACAUUGAGGAGGAUCGCACCACCGGCCGCAGCCGCUCCCGCUCGCGCGCCCGGUCUGGCAGCCGUGGCGGCGGCGGUGGCGGCGGCGGCGGCAGCGGUCUGGCAGCGCUGGCCACGGCCGGCCUCGGCGCCCUGGGUGCCAAGAAGGUGCUCGACUCCAACAGGGACGGGUCGCGCAGCAGGAGCCGAAGCCGCGACCGGAGCCGGACCCGUCGCAGCCGCAGCCGCAGCGUCGUCGACCGCGCCCGCGACGGUCUCGCCGACCUGGGCAUCGGGGGCGGCUCGCGCAGGGCCAGGGACUACAGCGACGACGACGGUGACGAGCGCUACCGCCAAGACGACUACGGUGAUCGCCGCGGCGGCGGCUACGCGGACGGAAAGAGCCGACCGUCCCGUCAUCGCCGCUCGGGCUACGCGUCGGGCUCGGACCUGGGCGACUCGGACGAGGACGAGAAGCGCGCCAGGAAGAUGAAAGGUAAGCAGAUACUCAGCACGGGACUGGCCACGGCGGCCACCAUCAACGCGGCGCACGAGGUCUACGAGAGCUUGGAGAAGAGGCAGGCGCGGCAGAAGGCCCUGAGGGAGGGCCGUAUCAGCCACGAGCAGUCGGAGAGGAUGAAGAGGAAGAACAUUAUGCAGGACCUCGCGUCCGUGGGCAUCGCCGCCCUGGGCGUGCGCAACGCCAUGUCCAAGGUCAAGGAGGCCAGGCACGCUUCGCACGAGUGUCGUGAUUUCAAGUCGGAAAAGAAGCUGAGGCACCAGAGACGGCUCGAGCAGACGAGCCACCCUCAUCACCGUGACGACCACCACUACGGCGGUGGUCGUCGCAGCGAGAGCAGCCACAGAAGUACAGGUCCAAGGCGUCCCCCUCUUGACGGCUACGACAGUGACGACGACGAGGAUUGGUCUAUCGAUCCACCACCUCGUCGUCGGUAUAGUCAUGACGAUCGGGGCGUCUCUGGCUGGUGA